AUGGCUAAUAGUUUAUUUACUGUUCCCAACUUUUUAAAAGAGAUGCCUGAACAUUGGCCAACACAGAAAGUAACACAGAAGCUAGACAAAGUUUCCUGGUUUCGCCGGAAGGAUUUUCAGUUAUUAACAGUUGGUCUUUCAACUUAUAGCAGUGAUGAACGUUUUAUCAUAGAACACACUAGACACUUAGGUAAUUGGGCAUUACGAAUAAAGAAUGCCCGCGUCGAAGAUGAAGGAUUUUAUGAGUGCCAAAUAUCAACGCAUCCGCCACAAUCAAUAUUUGUUGAACUUAAAAUAGUUGAGGCAGUAGCUGAAAUUUUGGAAGCCCCUGAUGUACAUAUAAAUGAAGGUUCCACAUUGAAGCUUGAAUGUAAAUUAAAAAGAGCUACAGAGAGUCCUUUAUAUGUAUUCUGGUACCACGAGUCCCGUAUGAUAAAUUAUGACUUAGACCAUGGAGUAACAGUUACAUCGGGCCAAUUACCGUCUAGUUUUUUGCAUGUUAAAAAUGCGACUGUUCGUCAUGGUGGUAAUUACACAUGUGCUCCGGCUAAUGCUAAACCGUCGAGUGUUUUUGUUCAUGUGCUAAAAGGUGAGAAGCCUGCAGCUAUGCAAUAUCCUGAUAAAAGCUCAUGUUGCAAAUAUCACUUCAGUAUAGGAAUACUUUAUUUUGGGAUGAUGAUUUGCAUAUACUUUCACUAAAAAAAAAAACCAGGAAAAAAUCUUAAUAUAAAUAAAAAAAAACAAUUUUAUAAAUUUCUCCUUGUUAUCAAUGUAAAUAUGGAAUUAUUUUAUAAAUAUAAAAAUAAAAUAUUUGAGUUCGUUA